CGGAGCAACACCUACCUACUAGUAUCUCUGUUGACAAAGCCAAGGGUUCGUGAAGUUUCUCAGGUCGUGGAUUUGGAGAUAGAUAACAGUGGUGUUGGUGCCCGGGUUGAUUGUCGGACAACUUUAUCAACAACCCCGGUUGGUUGGAGGAAGUGGAUGAUGGCCGAUUCAUCUGGCUUCCAAAGCACUUUGUCCAGAACCUGAGUUGCCUCGUUGAGGUUUGGCCGACCCGGCCCGUGAAAGCAAAAUGGAAACUCCCGGAAUGGAUAGGAGUUCACGCUCUCAGAGCGUUCGACAGCCGCAGAAACUAAAAAAAUGUGGACCAUCCGGUACAAAGAGGAAGCGGAGACGUUUGGAGCGCUUGAUGGUGCUGUACGGCCCAAACAUGGGCUUGCGAAAGGAGGUAGCUGACAAGUUUGCGGAGGAGUAUCAUGACAAUGUCCAUUAUCCGCCAGUAGUAACCACACUGCCGAGUGACAACACAGGGCCGGCCAUGAGUACGAUAGGUCAUCGUCUGCAGCACGUGGACGCGCGCCUGUUCGAGAAAAUGGUCUCGGAAGGGGAUCUGGUCUGCUACUAUCAUGUGUUUGACUCCGCAUUUAGCCCCGAUCUGCUCCCUGCUACUGAAGGGGAGUGCACAGCAGCCAGUGCCACUGAAGACACUCGGCAGAGUGCCGUGCCCAAUGCUGAAUGUGCCUCCACGGCGAGUUCAUUGAGCAAAGUGCCAUCAGCCACCGCCAUCUGCAUUGAGGAUGCAGAAUGUGAGGAGCGGCCACGGAGUGACUCCGCGAACAGUGUGACGGACAUGCAUCGUACCUCUGUGCCAACGAUCAACACACAAGGCGCUCAGCUAUCGCCGCACACCUUCCAGCGGAGUGCGUCUGCUCGCAUGGCUCACCCACCGCUGGCUGAACGGCGCUCUGCUCCUGGUGGGAUCAGCUGUGUGGCUGGCUCCAUAUCCUCGCUGCGCCACACAUUCUACUUUGGAAUCACGCGACGAGCAUUGCACGAAGCUUUCCAGGACCCGAGCGGAGGUGUUGUCAUGCUGCUUCUCCCUUACAUCGCCGCACAGCAGCUGCUCUCCUGGAGUCGCGGCAAGUUUCCCAAUGCAUUCGUAGCCUGCUAUGAGAAACGUAUUACUGCCAGACUGCUUCGAUCGGAGCACUCACUCCUGACGGAUGCCAGCAGUGAUUCUAUCAAUCUUCUGCAUGCCACUUAUGACAUGGUCGCCCAAGCACAGAAAUUUGACAAAAUCACCUACGUGGAGGCUCUGGCAUAUUUCCAAUCUCGGCAGUUCCUUCUGGAGCGUAAAACUGCAGCGGAGGGCGGAGUGGGAGAACCCUCGAUGCUGACUGCCAGUAAAAUCCGCGUUGACCGGUGUCUCAAGCCUGAGAAGGACCUUGUCGUGACCGUAGCUGGAUGUGGCUACAAUGCAGAAGAUCCAUUCCACCUGUGCAUAUCCCGCACGUUGUACGCCAAACUGACCAAACUCGGUGGUAGCUGUCCAACCACUGGCAAACAUUGGAGUAAAAUCGGUUGCAAAGAUGAUGGGUCGACUGGAGUUGAUGGCGGUGGUUUGGUAGCCUACAUGCAUCUGCUCCACCUUAUCAACACCGAUGGACUGCAGGGCCUUGUCGUUGAUAUAUUCCAUCUGUCCGAGGGAGGCAAGAAUUUCAACUUCAUUGAGGUGUCAGCAAAGAUCACCAACUCCGUGCUUUUAGCCUUACACACAUCGUACUUUCAAAAGAUUUGCAAUCAGCGGCAACAGAUUUUUGGCGUGCUUAACGACCUCUACGCCGGUGCCCUGCUGAAGUUCUACGAAUUAUUCCAAAGUGCAACUGCCACCCCUGAUGUCACGGCUGUGCUCGCUGAUGUGGAUGGUGACAUUCGAAACCACUGCAGGCGACUCAUGGUGUCUGUUGAGCGCCACUUCCAAGGCUACUCCUUCCACGCUCAGGUCUCCACACCCACUGGUGCACAAAGCGGUGUCUCACGUAGCACGUCUCUCACCAAUGUGAACUCCACAAAGGCAGGAAGUUCCAGCAGUUCAGAUUCUUUUGGUCCUGCAUCCCUCGGCUCGCAGAAAGCAGCGUGGGGGAGGUCGUGCCCCAAUGUACCACAAGCUACGCGGCAGUCCGAGAGGGGAUUGUUGGACAAGUCCAUGUCCAACGGGAAGUACCUUGGUUCCAGCUCCAGUGUGUUUAGCUGAGGCAGCAGCAAAAGCAGUGCAAGCAAGACCUUCCGACUUCUGUCUGCCUACAUUGACCAAUAUGUGUCCAAUCGUGGUAUUUGUCCUACUUUUUCUGUUUGCUUCUGCUAACCUUGCCCGUUUCUGGACAAUGCAUCAGCAUUGCUCAGACCUCACACACUAAGUUCUUAUAGUUCGUUAAGUCUUCUCCUGUUUGAUUGUCGCACUCUUGUCGAGUGGAUUGUCUCAUCUGGCUGCUAAUAGCUUCGAUGUUGUCCAUUCUUGUCCGUGUGUGUGUGUGUGCAUGUGUAUGUUUGUGUGUUCUGUUACCUAUCUGGUACCGCUAUCCAGCCAGGUUGAUGGUGACGAUCGUAUGUGUUAUGUCAUCGUCUCGGUAGUGUUUCCUAUCUGAGCUCUGCCGCUUGACGAACAGAAACCUUCCUAAAUUAUUCCGUACUCUUUUGCUAAUCAUUUUUGGCAGACCCAGUCAACAACACCAGAGUAUGGAGCUAACUCUCGAAAAGGCUGUCACUAGCCUUCUGCUACUGCUUCUGCUGCUAACGUCUAUUUGCUCAGACCAACCGUUGUUUAUUUAUUAUGAAUACAUCUAGACAAUCACUGCUCUACCUCCUUGUUCUUUCGUAUUCCGCAUUUUGCGGAAUGUUCUGUACAUAUUAUUAGUAUUAGACCACUGUAUGCUGCCUUAGGGGCUGUUGUUGCCUGCCCAAUUCUCAACGUCAUGUUAUUGUCUUGAGCUCUAUCCUAGAUUCGAAAAUAUAAAUACAUGUUUA